AUGCCCUUGGCCAACCUGCCUGCAGAGAUCAAACGCAUGAUUCUCGAAGCUCUGGUCAAAGAUGGCCGCGAGCUGGCGCGCUUUGCUGCCGUGUCGCGAGAGUGGCAGGCAGCCAUCGAGCCACAGACAUUCAAACGGAUCAAAAUCACCCCGUCACGCAUCGCCGAGCUUGACGACAUGACUCGUCGCAAUCGAUCCCGUGUACGGUAUUUGUGGUUUUGCUUGGAGUUGGAACGCUACGGUUGCGACACUUGUUCUCCCGAGGAUGGCGUUCCAAUGUUCAGCAGCGCCGCAGACGACCUUCUAAUCAAGACGGGCAUUCAAUCUCUUUUCUUGGUCCUUGGCGCUUGGAGUCGAAGCAGCUCCUUGAUACUUGAUAUUAGCGUCUACUCAACUAGUGACCCCGAACACUGGUUCAAGUAUCUGACAUUUGAACCAGACGAUGAUGAAGAUGAUGUUCCACGGCUCGAUCCGGCAGUUCCAAGCCAAGUUGACGAUGAUGCACGACAUCGAUGGGAUACUGCCGGCCGGGAAGUCACGACGGCUCAGUCUGCCGUCCAGAACGUCUUUACCCGAAUAUUAAACGAUCCGUUGGGCGACUUCGAAGACGAAGAGAUGGGCUAUCUUGGAUGGUGGAGAGAGCUGCCAUCGGUACCGGCUGUUACGCGUCUGCUUUUGCGUCAACAAACCCGGCGGCGCUGGGAACCUGAAGCGCUUGUAGAAAUGGUUGCCUUAUUUCCGUCAUUGCGCGAGCUGCACUUUGAGCCGUGGAGGGAGUGGGAUAACAUGCUCCAGGACACUACAGACCAAGGUUACCUUGACCUUUUUGAGUCUCCUAUCAUUCGAAAGCUGGAUAGACUCACUAUUUUCGAAAAUUUUAACCAACGCUACGUGCACGCUUACUGGGAGGAAGAUUGCGACCGCAUUCGUCCGCCCAAUCUUGCUCUAAGCCGAAUUCUCUCUGACGUUAGUACCAAUUAUGAAUCUCUUUCAGCGUCAUUCGCGGUGGACGCGGAUAGUUUCUUUGCUUUGGACGAAGGUCAGCCUCCAAAGAGGUGGCCCAAUCUGAAAUAUCUGUUCCUUACUUCACAGUUGUUGGCGCCUGAUCAAGACGAGACACGACUUACAAAUAUGCUCCGAGCAGCAGCAAGAGCAGCCAUUUAUAUGCCAAACCUUGAAACAAUGCAAAUCUGGAAUGGACGAAAGAACCUUGCCGCGCUCUUCAAGUAUGAGGCCGCCACAGAAGGUCAGCCUUGCACCAUUACUUGGAAGGGCACCUGGGAGUUUGUUCUACAGGCUUCCCUCAUUCAAGCUUGGCAAGCUGUAGUAUCUGGGCUCUCAGAACAUGAAGUGAUGAGAGUCAUUUACGAAAGUAUUGAUGGCGAUCAAGUCCGGUGUCACGGUGAUGGCAUGAUCCUUCUAGAGCUUCCGGAGAUGGUCAUCCGACGUGUUUCGCUACGACAGAUCCAGAGGGAACAGAUGUACAUACCACUGCAGUCACCAACCCUCAAUCCCUAUAUAACGAACCCUUUCGGAAUCCCGCUCCCCCCUGGCUUGAUCCCUCCAUUAUUGUAG